ACCAAGUAGGACACACACGGCUGAAUGAGUCCCGUGUGGGAGCACACGGGGGCCAGGCUCCUAAUUCCCCGACCGCUAACUUGACGUGUGUUUCAGCGUCUAGUCAGGGACGGAGUGUGUGAGAGUAUCAAGCUGGAGUACAAAACCAGAGGAGUGAGCUGUCACCUCGUGGGUAUUACUAGCUGAAUGAGUGUCACCUAUAGUCAUUCUGUGAUAAUCAGAUAGGACGGCCGCUCUUCAUUUAUCAGGACAGAAGUUAAUGGGUGUCUUGUGUUGAUGUCUCUAGGUGCCACACUGUGUCCUCAAGAAGAGAAGAUUUGGGGUAUGAGGAGAGUGUGUGGCUCCGGUCACAGAGGACAGGAGGCUGGUGGGAUCCACCAAGGAACCAGCUGAUGAGAGACGUGCACGGCUCACAAAACAAAUUGGUCUGGUGAUUAUGGGGUCAAUGGGCCACUUUUCUCUGGGUGCCACAUUAACUUGGCCCUCACCGGCACUCUCAGACAUGGCAACAAACAACGCCACACUGGUCGGCACUCAAAUGGUUCUCAGCACCGCUGAGAUGGACAUGACGGGAAGUUUGGUGUCUCUGGGUUCGCUGUUGGGGUCCUGGGUGUGCGGAUGGAUAGUGACGAGGCUGGGACGGCUGAGAGCCUUGCAAAUGAUAAUCGUUCCCUUUCUCCUAGGUUGGUUAGCCAACGCCUUCGCUCCCAACCCUCUCGUUCUUCUUAUAGCAAGGUUCGUGCUGGGCAUGGCGUGUGGGGCAUCCUCGGUGGCUGGAACACUCUACGUCAUCGAACUUGCAGACGCCAGUGUUCGUGGAAUGAUGGCAUCUAUACCCACAUUAGGAAUAGUUUUAGGUGGUCUGUACACAGUUGGUUUGGGUUACGUUCUUGAGUGGCAUUACCUGGCACUGGUGUGUUCCCUCCCUCCUAUAAUGUUUUUUGUGUGUACUUUCUGUCUACCAGAUUCACCAUCAUUCUUAGUGGUAAAAGGAUCUCCAGAAAAAGCUUUAAAAAUCCUAAGAAAACUUCGAGGUCCCUAUGCCGACAUUGGCUCAGAAGUAGCAGAUUUGGAGAAGCGUAACCAGGCUACUUCAGGUGGCUGGAGGGCACUUCUGAAACGUUAUAUAGUGAUGCGAAUGGCUGUAAUAGAUAUACUAUUCUUUUUGCAGCAGUUCUGUGGUAACUAUGUUUUCAUGGUGCAUACAUCCAGAGUUCUACAAGCAUCUGGAGUGCGGUGGGACCCAGACAUGGUCACAGUCAUUGUUGGUGUUGUCAGAGUGCUGGGGACGCUGGUAGCUUUUGUGCUUAUCGACCGUACUGGUCGUCGCUACUGCCUGGUUCUGUCUCACGCUAUCAAUUCAUCUGCCUUAGUAAUACUCGGCAUAUAUGUCCAUCUCGCUGAAGCUUCUCAAUCCGAGGACGACACUUAUUCAAGGUUGAGCUGGAUUCCCCUGACGUGCGUGUUGGUAGUGAUGUUUGCUAUCAACAUGGGAGCCCAUCCCGUGCCUUUCAUCCUGUGCGCUGAGUAUUUUCCUACCAAUAUCCGUGGCCAGGCAUCUUCCUUGUGUUACAUCUUCGGCACUGUGUUUGCCUUCAUGGGUCUUCAACUCUACUCCCCCAUGCAAGAAACACUCUCACAAGCUGGACUCUACUGGUUCUACAGCGCCAUCAGUUGCUUGGGUGUUAUCUUCACCUUCCUCGUCGUGGAGGAAACCAGCAGGAAAGCAGUAGGCUGAGGGAGGGAAGGAGAAUGUAUUAAUUGUAUGUCAUGGCUAUCGUAACAUUCUGAACAAACGUCUGUUUCUUUUGCAGUAGGCCUACUGGUGCAUACUAGACAUAUCAUUAUCAAAUCCAAGCCUUCUCACUCAUAUUUGUCAAACCCAUUUUGAAAGUUACCCAAAGUUUUAACUCUAUCAUUUCAGAAUAUUCCACUCAUUUAGAACUCUCUCUGUAAGUCAAUGUAUUAUUAUAUCCUUUCUAAAUCUGCAUUCCCAAUUCAGAUCAAGUUGUAUUAAACAACUACCAAUGAACAAAGAUAGAUUAUUAGGUAGGAUCGAACCGCGGACUGUAAAUUAACGCGUCGACCCUCUACCGUCUCGGCCAAUCUGAGUUCGUGGAUUAUGUGACUUUGAGGGAGGUGAGAAUAAACUUACUGUUAAAGCUCCUAGGCUGUGGAGAAGUCGCCAGUUGGAUUACAGAUGGUGCCUCUAAUGCAAGCAUGUAAAAUACUUCUAACAAUUCUCUAUUAGAAGCUCAGGUCAGCCGAGAAGGUAGAAUGACGGCCUGUUUAUUUACGGGCCGCGGUUCGAUACCCCCGUUCAUGGGUU